AUGAUUGCCACAUCUAACAAGAGCGUCUCUGACAAUUGUGGCGGAGGCGAUAGCACAAAAUGUAUCGAACUUGAACACCGAGAGGAGGUCAUUGAGACGACCGCAAUCAACUCUGGAGGCCUUCAUCGACGCCUCAACAACCGCCAUAUCCAGCUCACAGCCAUUGGCGGGACCAUCGGCACUGGCCUCUUUGUCAGCAUCGGUGGUGCGUUGGCCAGGGGCGGGCCAGGUAACUUGCUGCUUUGCUUCCUGGCCUACUCCUGCGUCGUCUCCCUGAUCAACAACUCGGCGGCUGAGAUGGUCACGCACAUGCCCAUCUCAGGGGGUUUCAUUCGUCUCGCCGGGCAAUGGGUGGACGACGCACUCGGCUUUGCCAUCGGUUGGAAUUUCUUCUUCUACGAAGCCCUCCUGAUUCCCUUCGAGAUCGUGGCGUUGAACGUGGUGACGUCGUACUGGGUACUGGAUAUUGUUCGCCCAGGUCCACUUGUUGGAUUUUGCUUGGGUGUUAUCAUCUGCUACGGUCUUCUCAAUAUCGUAGCUGUGUCGGUCUUUGGAGAGGCCGAGUUCUGGCUCUCUGGCGGGAAGGUCAUUCUCAUGUUCAUACUCUUCGCCUUCACAUUCAUCACAAUGGUGGGUGGAAACCCCAAAAAUGAUGCCUAUGGGUUCCGCUAUUGGAAAGAUCCCGGUCCUUUCGUUGCACAGGCGGCUUCCGCCGAGGCUCUCGGGCAGUUUGAAGGCUUCUUGAGCGUGCUCGUGGUUGCGGUUUUCAUCAUCGUCGGGCCGGAUUAUAUCUCCAUGAUUGCUGCAGAGGCCAAACACCCAAGCUUCUACGUCAAGACAGCCUUCAAGACCGUCUACCUCCGCUUUGGCAUCUUCUUCAUCGGCAGUGCCCUCGCCGUCGGCGUGGUACUCCCCUGGAAUAACCCGGAGUUGCGGCGCAUCUUUAUAAACGGUGAAGGCUCCUCGACCGCCGCCGCCUCACCGUACGUCAUCGCAAUGACAAACAUGGGCAUCACCGUCUUACCUCAUAUUGUGAACGCUCUCCUCUUUACCAGCAUUUUCUCUGCUGGCAACACAUAUACAUACUGUUCGGUGCGUUGCCUGUACGGCCUUGCAGUCCAGGGACACGCACCUGCUUUCCUCAAGAGAUGCACAAAGAAGGGCAUUCCUAUCUACUGCUUCCUUGUCACCAUGCUUUUCCCAUUCCUAUCCUUCCUUUCGGUCAACAGUGGCUCCGCCAAUGCCCUCAAUAUUCUUCUAUCACUCAUUGCUGGCGGCGGGCUUGUAAACUACAUCGUCAUAUCGAUUACUUUCCUGCGCUACUACAAUGCUUGCAAAGUCCAAGGCGUCAAUCGCAAGAAUCUGCCCUACUAUGGAUACUUCCAACCCUACGGCGCUUGGGUCUCUUUGGUUCUGGAAUUCCUUGUGGCUAUCGGCUACGGUUAUAGCGCCUUCACGCCAUGGAGUGUGCAAGCGUUCUUUGCGAAUUAUACGAUGCAGCUCGUCGCCCCAAUCCUCUAUAUCUUCUGGAAAGUGGUCAAAAAGCCCAAGCUGAAGAAGAGCACCGAAGUCGAUCUCGUAUGGGAGCGGCCAGCGAUCAAUAUCUACGAAAGCCAGGCGAUGAUUGAAGAUCCGCCGAUCACCUUCUGGAAGGAGAUGGGCAAAAUUACAGGCAUCAACCGGGCCGUGAGAUAUUUAUGUGGAUCCUCAGACCGAUCCUAG